ACUGUUCCUUAAUGCCACCUCUUGCUGUGCUUUUAGAGGCAUCUCCUCCAACUCGUGGUCUUGCUCCUCCAGGACCAUGCAGGUAGCUCUGGGGUGAGCCAAGAGCAGUCCAUCACAGAUGCCUUUCCCCUCCUGCUGUUUGAGACCACUCUGGAAUGGGCAUCCCUCAUGGCUGAUGUGCUUAGGGGUAGGGGCUGAGGAUGGAGGAGGAAGAAGAACUGGCAGCCAGGUCCCCGGCUCUGCCAUGCAGCGGUUUCCUGCUAUACACCAAAGGAUAAUUGUAUCUUUCUGCCUAAGUUUCCCCUUGGAAUGGAGGUGGUGAUAUUUCCCUUCCCUGUGUUUGGGUUCAGAGCUACUCAUCCCAUGGACGUACAUUGUUCCUGUGGCAUGGGGAAGGGGUAUGGCCAUGGGGUGCCCACCAGCAGGGAGCAGGGAUGAGAGUGGGGGCACAGCCAUUGGCACAUGCCCAUUUCCUUCUGGGCGCUUCCUCCUUCCAACCCCCUGUCCCCAAAUUAACCCAGCAGGACUAAACCCAGCGGGAUGCACAUGUCCUCCCGCAGCAGCUGCAGGGGGGGAGCAAGCCUGCAUCCUGCAAGGAGGGCGGGAGGGAAAAGAGCUGUUGUGCCUUUAAGCAGCGAGCAAAGCAUAUGUCAGGCGCGCAGCCCCUGAGUUAUCCUGCGUGUCUGUGUGCUGAGUAAGGAAUGUGGUUGCAUGCCUGACCCGUUAGCUAUGAGCCGCCGUGGUGGAUGGAUCAGCGGGGCUGCUGCUCAUGUGCUGAGCUCAUUCAGGCUGGAGCGGGAGCUGCACGCGCAGGCAGCCAGCGGAGCGCAGGCAGGGGAAGGGGCAAAGCUGGCCCCCCCCCAGCCCAUCUCCCCUCUUUUUCGCUUUCUCUGAAAGCUGGCGCAGGGGGAGGCUCUGGGGGCUGCUGCUUUGGCGAAGCGGCGUAGGGUUUUUUCAGCCCGCCAGCUGUUGUUUUGUUAGGGCGAGAGGUGCUCCCGCGAGCUGCAGCUCGGCUGCCUGGAUGCCUGUGGACGUGAUGCUCGCUCCCUCCGAGGACCAGUUCUGGACAGACGUGCAUGAGGGGCAGAUGAAGCUGAAAAUAAGGGUGCGGAGGAUGAAGGAGAGCAGGGACAUGCGAGGAGGCUUUGCCACUUUCUCAUCCUGUUUCCCUGGGCUCUGUGAGGGGAAACCAGCUGCCAUCCUGCCAAUGAGCAUCUCCCAGCCCUGCUUGCCCGUGGCCAAUGUCGGCCCCACACGCAUCCUGCCACAUCUCUACCUGGGCUCCCAGAAAGACGUCCUGAACAAGGACUUGAUGACACAGAAUGGGAUAAGCUACGUCCUCAAUGCCAGCAACUCCUGUCCCAAGCCAGACUUCAUCUGUGACAGUCACUUCAUGCGCAUUCCUGUCAAUGACAACUACUGUGAGAAGCUGCUUCCCUGGCUGGAUAAAUCCAUUGAAUUUAUUGACAAGGCCAAGGUGUCCAGCUGCCAAGUGAUCGUGCACUGCUUGGCAGGGAUCUCCCGGUCAGCCACCAUUGCCAUUGCCUACAUCAUGAAGACCAUGGGUAUGUCAUCCGACGAUGCUUACAGGUUUGUUAAGGACCGCCGCCCAUCGAUCUCACCCAACUUUAACUUCCUGGGCCAGCUCCUGGAGUACGAGAGGAGCCUGAAGCUCCUUAAGGCUCUGAAGGCCCAGGGUGACCGGGGUGAGGGAGAAGCCCCUCAGGACCCAGCUGAGGUGUCCGAGGCUGGCAGGCACCCCACACCGUCUACCUCAGAGAAGGUUGAGGACGUACCGAGAAGCACAACCUCUGCACCCCCACCCAGUGACCCUGAAAGGCAAGGUGGACCUCCCAAGGUCUUGUCACCCACAGCACUGCAGCAGGGACUCAACGGCUUGCACCUUUCCUCGGAGCGCAUCCAGGACACCAACCGCUUGAAACGCUCCUUCUCCCUGGACAUCAAAUCUGCCUACUCCCCUGGCCUGCGGCAGGACCCCCCAGGCCUGCCCAGCACCGGGGAGGCCCCCAAGCUCUGCAAGUUGGACAGCCCCUCGGCACCCAGCGGCCAGUUCUCUCCAGUGCCCGACAGCCCUGACCGGCCCAGCGGGCCCGACCUCCUGCUGGAGGCCAAGGUGAGGCAGCGGCGCAAGCACCGGCACCAAGCGGGCUCGCCGGCCCAUGGCCUCAGCCUCAAUGUUGGCGCUGCCCGCAAGAGCCCCGGGGCAGAGGACAGUCUCCAGCCAAGGCUCAGCCUGCCUGGCCCACCACAGGCCUCCAGCGGUUCCUGGGGAAGCGUCCACCUCGAGUCCCCCAGCACCCCAUCCUCUGAGGGAGGAUGGUACUUCGGCACGGACUCAGCCAACAGCGGUGGCAGUGGCACUGGCAGUGGGACACUGUUCAGCGGCACCAGCCCAUACCCACCAUUUGGUUGCAAUGGGAUGCCGGGGGGCUGUGAGAUCAGACUGAGGGACAAGCAGAGGGCUGAGGCGAGGGAUGGGAGGCACAGCUGGCACGAGGAGGCCGGUGCUGAGAAGCAGUUCAAGAGGAGGAGCUGCCAGAUGGAGUUCGAGGAGACCAUGUCCGAGGGCAGGUCCCGGGAGGAGCUGGGCAAAAUAGGCAAACAGUCAAGCUUUUCGGGCAGCAUGGAGAUCAUCGAGGUGUCCUGACACCCAUCAUGGGUGGUUGGAGAGAAAGGGGGGGGGGGAUAUUUAAGAU